CGCGAGCGCCAUUCGUAAAUGCAGGGUCGCAUUUUACGCCUCGUGUUCCGUGCCACUUGAUAUCGAACCACCUGUAGCUUGUUGGAAAUGUCUGUGAUAUGGAUACAUCGUGGCGCCUUGGUAUAAAUAAGAUUCCAGAAUAGGUGAGUCAUCGAUGAUAUUUGUAUUUCAAAGGUGAUGAUUGAUUGUAAUGGAUGAGGGAGAUUUACCAAUGGGUUUUGUUGAAACGAUGUCAUCAGAAUCCGGUAUUAGUGACAACAUCCUAUUACAUGUGAAGCCCACUCGUUCUGUGCCUGCUUACUUGAAACGUAUUCUACCAUGCCCCCUUGAUAUAUGAUGACAGUAUAGAUAUUUAAUUAGUAGAUACGCAACUCUAUAUUUUUAAUUUUGGAUUUGAUUUGUCAGUGAUUAUUCACUCGCUUUACAUACAUCAUCGAAGUUGGAUGUUCCAGGUAUUCGGGUAAUUGACCUUGGUUCUCUUGUCAACACUACAAAGUGGGAAUAUACAAGUCUAUAUUGGAAUAACGUAUUGUUUAAAGUGCUCCCCUCAGUGGAUAUCGAAAUGAUGAAACCUAAACACCGGCCACAAAACACCGCACCCAUUAUAAUCUCGUUGAGCCUACACCGAAGACUAGCACCCUCCAAUUCCAGUACACCUUCACAUCCACGUUACAACACCACCUACCGCAUUUUUAUCACGAAGUACGUGUUUAGUCUAGCAUAAUUACACCUUGCACCCGAGGAUACCUCACCAAAGCACCGCACUUUCAGUGGUUUUUCCUCGAGUAUCUUCUAUAAACUUGCCGUGAGAUCGUAUGAAGCAUGAAGAAUCCUAUUCUAAUCGUGUCAAGAACUCUUUGGGUCAUUUUUGUCCUCGUGGGAAAGUCAUGUUCCUUUGCGGUAAGCCCCUUCCUUGCUGAUGAUUCGAAUGGUGACGACAUUUUGAAAAAGAUGAACUACAGAUUUGGGAUAUCACAUGACCUGCGCCAGCCAAUCAUUGCCCGUUUGGUCAGGGAUGCAAAUGAUGAACCGACUGAAAGUCCCAAAUUCGAUCACCUCAUCCUGAUCAUCCCCUGGUGUUUUGGGGGUUGCUGUUAUUACCAUAAUCGUGUUGGUGGUUUGCUACAUGCGUCGGAAAUAUGGAAGAACAAGUUGCUUCUCGGAUGAAUGGUUGAUUUGGUGUGGUCUUAAUAAACGAAGUGACACUUCAUCAGAGCUUGCAAUAAAUCCCAGAUCAGCCAAUGGAUCUCGUGUUUAUUAUAAAAACAGAGAAGAGGAACAGAGAAAUGUACAUAGUGGUACCAGUGUAAAGCUCCUCCCACAUGGGGCUGAUGAGGGGGGUAAUAAUGAAUCAGCCAUCAAAUUGUUACCAGAUAACCAGCAUCUCCAAACUUCAGAGUGGGUUCAGAGGGAAUUCGUAGAACAAAUAAGAGCAAUCCCAUCGGAAAAAUCUCCGAAUCGACCGGGCACCCCUGAUACCGUUGUCACCUCUCUGCUAACUGAUGAAGAGGAUAUAUCGCCAAAGACCACUGCUGUGGUACACCAGAGUGGAACCCAUGACAAAAUCUUCAAGUUUCAUCCUCGCGGCAGUCUUCAUGGAGAAGGACAGCAUGGAAACAAUGAGACCGAACAAGCCAGGUCGAUCCAGAUAAACAUUGGUCGUACCCUCAACAAUAUUCCAGAGAAUGGAAGUGUUGAUGAUGGAAAAGAUUUGGAAGACCAUGGCAUAACUGGUGAGGGUUUGGACAAAGAUAAGCACAGUAGUGGGAGUAGUAACUCAGACGACGAAGUGUUUGAAUUGGAAAGGGAUGGGAGUUGUAGGUCUACAUGUUUUGCAAAAUUAGGUUCUAACAAUAACUCACAAUUUCGCGACAGGUUUAAGGAAGGAGCAUAUUCUUCCACAAAGAGCCCGUUUGACCAAAGCUCUGGAAAUGGAAGACAGGUAUCAUAUGGCCGUGCCGAUGAAUUUGCUUCAGAUUCGCAAGUGGUUGAGGCUCAAAUCAAACGGAACAAGCAACCUCAAUUCAAAGGUGAGAAGCAUCCUGAUAAAGAAGUGGAAAGUGAGGGGGAACGUCUUAUUCCAAUGAAAUCGAAUCAACCCAGUGGAUCACUUGGUCCUUCAAAAUUGCAAGCGUCUGGUGAAUACCAGGAAAGUCCAGAAGUAAAGCGAAGGGCACCUAGAAGCGCCCCUCCGGACAGGGCCUCUCCUCCAGAUACUACUGGUAGUAUUCACGCUAAUCAUGUUCAUUUGACUGUUCAAGGAGAUGUUAAGUUUGAUUUCAACAAUCAUGUCAGUGAUGUGCAUGUGGGUGAUAGAACAAUAAAUAACAACGAUUAUACUAAAAUCUUUCCUCAAAACACUAACGUUACAGGUGAAUUCAAUAGGUCUUCUACUGGACGUCAUACCCGUUAGGUUGAAAAUGUUGAUUUAUUGUACUUCUUUCCCCUCUUUUAAUCAAACAGGGUUGGAAUUUUCGCAGAGAAAGAAAUCGAGACGUUAGAUAUUUUGGGAAGAAGGAUAAUACAGACUAAGACAAUCCCAUGUAGUAACCUUUCAAUACAUCCCACUCCCAUUUUAUUCAACUUUUAAUUCAUUUACUGCUCUUGUCAUUAUUAGCGUAUUGAAUUUCAAGUCAUGAACUUGAAAACUAUCAAAUAGAAGAGCCCACAUCAUAAGGGUUUUGAUGUCAAUACCCUAUUCACUUUAAGGAAUUGACUUUUUGAAUGGGAAUCAAAUGAUGUGAAUUUGAAUAAUAAGGAAGUACAAAUAGUGUCGUCUUUUGUACUCAUUUAGUAUUUUAGAGAUUAUCUUUGAAAUAUCCUACCUUUAAUUUUGAUAGGGUAAGGCCAUUUUUCUACAGCAGGACGAAUGGGAAAAAAGAAUAAGAAUGCACGAGACACCUUCAAGCCUGUGUCUGGGGCAUUAAAGCAAAUCAAGCAAAUCACGUGAGCAUUCCAAGGAGAAAUCUGAGUAAUUAAAUGCAGUUUGUUAAUCUGCUCCAAAGACUAUCUAAAUAAUUUUAUUGAUUACAUAUAUGAAGAAAGGCAUUUGCCCCAUCUUAUUUCCCAAUGUUUCUGUCCAGAUACUGAGGGCAAUAUUUCAAAAGUUAACUCCCAGUAUCUGUCUAUGAAAAGAAAACAGAAAGUUCAAGUUUUGUUGAGUAUGAAAUGAGAUGGCGAUCUUAUGAUAUUUUAUUGCAUAUUCUCUUUCAUUUGAUGAUAAACUUGCAAUGGACAACUGAUAUUGUGCUGUAAUUGUUUUAAACAUCAUUUUGUUUUGCUUAUUCAAUGUAGACGUUUGUAUUACAAAUAAAAUUUCUUUGUAUUUUGUUUGAAAAAUAUAUGAUAAAUAUGAUUGAAAGCAGCAAUGAAAGAAAAGAAAUUGCGGAAAACGUGUUAUUUUUAUAACGAAUUUAUAAAAGAUAAAACUCGUUCCUACACAGUCACAUUGUUGAAUGGUGGAACAUCAUCAUUGCCAUCAUUAAACUUCAUCUAUAUUUGCCUACACUUAAACGAAUCGACUAUACGUGACAGUACUAGUCAUUGAGAUUCAUUAUAAAAACUGACUAUUUUUAAUGUAUUGAAAUUCGAAUGCUGCAUGAUAUCAUUUCACUCCUUAUUGUCAAAUACAGAUUUACUGUCAAUAUCAUACGAGUGUUUAAUUCAAAGAAUUUGUGAACAUUUUGAACAUCAUCAUUGAUCAGAGCAAAUUUGUAGAGUAUAGAUUGCAACAAUGGCGACUAGAAAUUAUUUGAGGAUUUUGUCAUAUUUGGAAAGGUUGUAUCAUUCUUAAUAUUUUGUUAUAAUAUGUAGGGGUAUAGCUUUUUGUCAUUUUAACUCGGUCGAUAGUCCGAUGUAUUCAAGUUACUUGUGCGUACAUAUUUUAGUAUAUAAGUUAGGCUUUAUGUGUUCCGUGGUGAAAUAUCUAAAGCAUAUCAUAAGCUUUUAAAUGUUGAACAAUUCGAAAAAUAUUCUAACAUCCCAAAAGAAUAAUGGUUAUGUAACUUAUAUGAUUAUUUAUGGAAUAUGAAUCUGCCGUUGAGAUAUUAGGAA